AGAAUCAUCCUAAAACGAGAAAAAGGAAGCACUUUUUAUUAAAAUCAGAUUUGGUAUAAAAAAUGUUUCGCCUCGCUCUGAUGCCGUCACAGCUAGCUCCCUCCCUCCCUCCACAGCGAGCAGUCUUCUGUCCUGAGUGAGAUCUUCUAUGACCACAAUUCACCAAUAAAUACUGGAAUAUUCUCAUCAAGUGAAGAAGAUUUUAUGAGAGUUUAUUAAAAAAAAUGAGAACAUGAAUGAUCCAGAACCCUGCAGAAUAAAAGAUGAAGAUACUGAUGAAGACAUGAUGGAAGAGAACAAGGAGAGUGAAGAAAUUAGUGAAGCAGAAGAAAAAUGUGUCAAAACUGAAGAAAGUUGCUUACAGACUGAAAGUAAUUUUGAACUGAAAAAAGGAGUCAAAAAAAUUUUCACCUGCCCUCCUUGUGGAAAGAGUUUCCCAUACAAGAAAAGUCUUAAACUUCACAUAAGAAUACAUAGUGGAGAGAAGCCUUUCGCAUGUGAUCAGUGCGGGAAGAGCUUCACACUAAAAGGAAACCUUAAGAAACACACAGCAAUCCACACUGGAGAGAAGCCGCACACAUGUGAUCAGUGUGGGAAGAGUUUCACACGAAAAGGAAACCUUAAAGAACACAUGAAAAUCCACAUUGGAGAGAAGCCAUACACAUGUGAUCAGUGUGGUAAAAACUUUGUUGGGGCAGAUGCACUGAAGGUUCACCUGAAUGUUCAUUCAAAGGAGAGGCCUCAUGUGUGUCCUUUGUGUGGAAAAAACUUCAGUCAGCUGGUUGCUUUAAAAUUACACCAGAAAAGAAGACACAGCGGUGUGAAGAAUCAUAUGUGCUUUGAUUGUGGGAAGACCUUUUUUGAAAAUGUUGAAUUGAAAAAGCACCAGAGAGUUCACACUGGAGAAAAACCUUACAAGUGUUCACACUGUGACAAGAGAUUCAGUCAGUUAGGAAACAUGAAAACUCAUGAGAAGACCCACACUGGAGAGAAGCCGUACACAUGUGAUCAGUGCGGGAAGAGUUUCACACAAAAAGGAACCCUUAAUGAUCACAUGAAUAUCCACACCGGAGAGAAGCCGUACAUAUGUGAUCAGUGUGGGAUGAGUUUCAAACAUGUAAGCGCUUUUAAAUCGCAUCUGUAUUCUCAUUCUGGAGAAAGAAAAUUUUUCUGUGAUCAGUGUGGUAAAAACUUUUUUGGGGCAGAUACCCUGAAGAAGCACCUGAAAGUUCAUGCAAAGGAGAAGCCUUAUAUGUGUUCUUCAUGUGGAAAGAAUUUUAAAUGGCUGGGUGCUUUUAAAAUACACCAGAAAAUACAUACCGGUUUUGAAGCUCAUGCAUGCGUUGAGUGUUUGAGGACAUUUGCUACAGCUUACAAAUUGAAACGUCACCAGAGGGUUCACACUGGAGAAAAGCCUUACAAGUGUUCACACUGUGACAAGAGAUUCAGUCAGUCACAACAUCUGAAAGCACAUGAGAGGAUCCACACCGGAGAGAAGCCGUAUCACUGCCAUGCCUGUCGGAAGAGUUUUACGCAAUUAGCUACUCUUCUCACUCAUACAAAAAACAGUUGUCCAAAUUCACGAACAUCCACAGAGAUCACAGUUACACUGGAAGAUGAUGACAUUGAGGAAUGGACAGUUCUUCAUGAUACUGAAGAACAAAGAGACCUGAUAGAAGAGAACAAGGAGAUAGAAGAACUGAUUGGAGUGGGGGAAAUACAUCAUGUCAAAACUGAAGAAAAAUCCUUGAGUCCCUCAUUGAAAAGAAGAGACAAAAUAUGUUUCACUUGCCCUCAGUGUGGAAAAAGUUUCCCAUACAAACAAAGUCUUGAACUUCACAUGAGAAUUCACACUGGAGAGAAGCCUUUCACUUGUAAUCAGUGUGGGAAGAGUUUCACACAAAAAGGAACCCUUAGCGAACACAUGAGGAUCCACACUGGAGAGAAGCCAUAUACAUGUGAUCAGUGUGGGAAGAGUUUCACACAAAAAGGAAACCUUAACAAGCAUAUGAAAAUCCACACUGGAGAGAAGCCGCACACUUGCGAUCAGUGUGGAAAGAGUUUCAGACAAAAAGUAAUCCUUAAUGAACACAUGAGGGUCCACACUGGAGAGAAACCAUACACAUGUGAUCAGUGUGGGAAGAGUUUUGCACAAAAAGGACACCUUAACAAACAUAUUAAAAUCCACACUGGAGAGAAGCCGUACACAUGCAAUCACUGUGGGAAAGGUUUCAGACAAAAAAUAAUCCUUAAUGAACACAUGAGGAUCCACACUGGGCAGAAGCCAUACACAUGUGAUCACUGCGAGAAGAUUUUCACAAUAAAAAGAAAUCUUAAUGAACACAUGAAAAUCCACAAUGGGGAGAAGCCGUAUGCAUGUGAUCAGUGUGAUAAGACUUUCACACAAAAAGGAACAUGCAACGAACACAUGAGGAUCCACACUGGAGAGAAGCCGUACACAUGUAAUCAAUGUGGGAAGAGCUUCACACAAAAAGGAAACCUUAACAAACAUAUGAAAAUCCACACGGGAGAGAAGCCGCACACAUGUGAUCAGUGUGGAAAGAGUUUCAGACAAAAAGUAAUCCUUAACGAACACAUGAGGAUCCACACUGGAGAGAAGCCGUACACAUGUGACAAGUGUGGGAAGAGUUUCACACAAAAAGGAAACCUUAACAAACAUAUGAAAAUCCACACGGGAGAGAAGCCGCUCACAUGUGAUCAGUCCGGGAAGAGUUUUGCACAAAAAGAAACCUUUGAAUACAUGAAAUGCCACACUGCGGAGAAGCCACACGCAUGUGAUCAGUGUGGGAAGCGUUUUGCACAUAAAGCAACUCUUAAUGAACACAUGAAAAUCCACACGGGAGAGAAGCCACACACAUGUGAUCAGUGUGGGAAGAGUUUCACACAAAAAGGAACCCUUAAGGAUCACAUGAGAAUCCACACUGGAGUGAAGCCAUAUGCAUGCGAUCAGUGUGGGAAGAGGUUUGCACAAAAAGGAAACCUUAAUGAUCACAUGAAAAUCCACACUGGAGAGAAGCCGUACAGAUGUGAUCAAUGUGAGAAGAGUUUCACACGAAAAGAGCACCUUAAUGAACACAUGAAAAUCCACACGGGAGAGAAGCCACACACAUGUGAUCAGUGUGGGAAGAGUUUCACACAAAAAGGAACCCUUAAGGAUCACAUGAGAAUCCACACUGGAGAGAAGCCAUACACAUGUGAUCAGUGUGGGAAAAGUUUUACGCAAAAAGGAAACCUUAACAAACAUAAGAAAAUCCACACUGGAGAGAAGCCACACACAUGUGAUCAGUCCAGGAAGAGUUUCACACAGAAACAAACCUUUAAUGAACACAUGAAAAUUCACCCUGUGGAGAAGCCGCACACAUGUGAUCAAUGUGGGAAGAGUUUCACGCAAAAAGGAAAUCUAAACGUACACAUGAAAAUCCACACUGGGGAGAAACCAUUUACAUGUCACCAGUGUGGGAAGAGUUUCACACAUAAAGGAAACCUUAAUGUACACAUGAAAAGUCAUACUGGGGAGAAGCCGUACACAUGUGAUCAGUGUGGGAAGAGUUUUGCGCAUAAGCCAACCCUUAAUGAACACAUGAAAAUUCAUACGGGGGAAAAGCCGCACACAUGUGAUCAGUGUGGGAAGAGUUUCACACGAAAAGAAAACCUUAAUGAUCACAUAAGAAUCCACACUGGAUUGAAGCCACACACAUGUGAUCAAUGUGGGAAGAAUUUUGCACUAAAAAGACACCUUAAUGAUCACAUGAGAAUCCACACUGGAGAGAAACCAUACACAUGUGAUAAAUGUGGGAAGAGUUUCCGAAAAUCAAGUGUUUUUAAAGUACAUCUGCUUAGUCAUUCUAGAGAAAGACUAUACAACUGUGACCAGUGCAGUAAAACAUUUUUUAGGGCAGAUUUCCUGAAGGACCACAUGAAAGUUCAUACAAAGGAGAGGCCUUAUGUCUGUUAUUUGUGUGGAAAGAGUUUUAGUCAGGUGGGUGCAUUAAAAAUACACCAGAAAAGACACAGCGGUGUAAAGGAUCACAUUUGCUUUGAGUGUGGUAAGACUUUUUUUACAGAUGGUGCACUAAAAGUGCACCAGACAGUUCACACUACAGAAACACCUUACAAGUGUUCACACUGUGACAAGAGAUUCAAACAGUCAGUAUAUCUGAAGAUACAUGAAAGGAUCCACACUGGAGAGAAGCCACAUGCAUGCGAUCAGUGUUGGAAGAGCUUCACACUAAAAGGAAACCUUAAUGAACACAUGAAAAUCCACACUGGAGAGAAGCCAUUCACAUGUGAUCAGUGUGGAAAGAGUUUCACACAUAAAGGAAACCUUAAUGUACACAUGAAAAGCCACACUGGGGAGAAGCCGCACACAUGUGAUCAGUGUGGGAAGAGUUUUGCGCAUAAAGUAACCCUUUACAGACACAUGAGGUUCCACACUGGGGAGAAGCCGCAUACAUGUGUUCAGUGUGGGAGGAGUUUUGCACAAAAAGAGCACCUUAAUGAGCACAUGAAAAUCCACACUGGAGAGAAGCCACAUACAUGUGAUCAAUGUGGGAAGAGUUUCACGCAAAAAGGAAACCUUAAUGAACACAUGAAAAUCCACAGUGGAGAGAAGCCGCACACGUGUGAUCAAUGUGGGAAGAGUUUCGCGCAUAAAGGAAACCUUAAUGUACACAUUAAAAGGCACGCUGGAGUGAAGCUGUACACAUGUGAUCAGUGUGGGAAGAGUUUCAGAAAAUCAAGUGUUUUUAAACUACAUCUGUGUACUCAUUCUAAAGAAAGAUUAUAUACCAGUGUCCAGUGCAGUAAAAGUAAUUUUAGGGCUGAUUUCUUGAAGGACCACCUGAAAGUUCACACAAAGGAGAAGCCUCAUGUGUGUUCUUUGUGUGGGAAGAGUUUUCGUGAGCUCAGUGCUUUAAAAUUACACCAGAAAAGACAUAGUGGUGUGAGGGAUCAUGUUUGCUCAGAGUGUGGUAAGACUUUUUUUACAGAUGGUGAACUGAAAGUGCACCAGACAGUUCACACUAGAGAACAACCUUUUAAGUGUUCACUCUGUGACAAGAGAUUCAAACGGUCAAUAUAUUUGAAAACACAUGAGAGGAUCCACACUGGAGAGAAGCCGUAUCACUGCCAUUCAUGUGGAAAGCGUUUCACUCAAUUAUCUUCUCUAAUCUUUCAUAAAAAAAAAUGCAUGUCUGAAAAUACAUUAAGUAGUUUGAGUUUUGAUCCUGUACUUCCAAGUGUAAUGCUGCAUAGGGCUGCAUCAGAGAUUAUUUUGAUAAUUGAUUAAUCAGAUUAUUAGAACGAUUAAUUAACUGCUAUAUUAUUUCACAGAUUAAUCAGGCUUUGAUCUCUUAUUCAGCUUUUGCAGUUAGUCAAGAUGUUGAGUUAUACCCAUUCUAACUAAUAAAUAAUACAAGGAAAUAACUUGAAAACAUCUUUGGAAUAAAGUUUGAGUAAACUGAAUUGAGCAAUCUCCUUCAGGUUUUCAGUUGUAGUUCUUGUGUUUCUCUUUCCUUCAGUGAUUCUGCUUGUUAACAGCAGGUGUUCAUCAUUAAUGCUCAAUCAUCAAUUAAUUAUCUCAUUAACUUCAACACUGCUUCAAUGGUACUUUAACUCUGUAGUGUGCACACAUGAACACUAGGCAGUGUUAAUUUAACAUGGGCAUUUUUCUGUGUACUAUUACAUAAAUCAUAAAUCUGUUUCAUUUACAUAUGACAAGUAUGAAUCACAUUCAGUUUAUUAAUACAAUUACAUAAAUCUUACCUGUUCCAUUUAUGAAUGACUUACAAAUAUGAAUCACAUUCAGUUUAUUAAUUUAUGUUAAAACUAUGUAAUCCAAAUGGAUGGAAAUUUUAUAUGCAAUUCAAAUACAUAAAUUAAGUUUGGAAUUUUUUUUGAGUUCAAAUAUGAAAAGUAAGUAGUAAUAAAUCAUAUAUUAACCUGUAAAAUAAAGCACAAAUUAUAGUGCCAUUCAUUAUAAACAUACAAAUAUCAAGCCAAAAUAAAUUCAUUUAAAACGAAACUGAAACGCCAUUGGGCACACCUCUCUCAUCUGGCAAGAAUCCAAAUAUGUUUCCAAAUUUGCCAUGUAACAUUUGGUUGCUAAUCUAUUAUUCAUUAUGUAAACAAGGCUUUGUACUCGUGUUCCAAUAUCCACAUAAAACAGCAGCUGUGGGCCCAUUAUUACCUAAAAUUCUGUCUAUUAAUGCAGAUUGUUUGUUGUUCUUACUUCUUUGAGUAAUGAUGGAUUUAGCAAGAUUUGUUUUACAAACUUUAAAGGGUUAGUUUACCCAAAAAUGAAAUUUCUGUCAUUAAGUACUCACCCUCAUGUCCUCCCAAACCCGUAAGACCUUCUUUUGUCUUCGGAACACAAAUUAAGAUAUUUUUGAUGAAAUCCGAGGGUAUCUGAUCCACACAUAAGCAGCAACGACAUUGCACGUUUUGAGGUCCAGAAAAGUACUAAAGACCUCGUUAAAACAGUCGACGUGACUACAGUGGUUCAACCUGCUGAAAUUUCAUUUUUGGGUGAGCUAACCCUUUAAUGUUACACCAGUCAUUCAUGUGCUCAGCUAACGUAUGCACUGUUAUUAAUACCUUUUCCACAUGUGCACUGCAAUAAAUUAGAAAUAUACACCAGUUUGUUGAUGAACAUACAUUUCUUAAUGCUGAUGGUGAGGAAUUACAGUUGCAACAUCUUAUAAUAUUCCUCAAACUGAGUAACACAUCACUGAGAAACGUCCUGCUCAAGUCGUCCUUGUGAUGGAGGUUUGAGGUGAAUAACUAGUUUUUCCAAUAUUUCAUCAUCGGACACAAACUCGGAUUGCUAUGGUAAAAUUGACUCCAUUGUUACUGUCUUUAGAGUGUGUACAAUCGCUGAGGACUGAGGAAGCCUCCGGAGCUAUAAAGUUCAGUUAUGGUAAUAGGUGUUUCAUUUCCGACAAGUGCAGUAAGCGAUAGACUAAUCGUAACAGACUGGGCCAUCUGGCCAAUUUAGGGAUUUAGAAUGAGUCAUCGGACGAGUCAUUUGAGAACCAUUAAAAAAUGUGAUGAUGUGCAAUGUAUAUUAUACUGAAAAAAGUGUGUAUGCCUUGUGAUUACUCUAAAGAACUUUAUAUACUUGAUCUGACUCAAAUUUACUUUUCUGUCUUGUCAUUGGUCUAGCGUAAAUUAGUUUGGUUGAAUGGAAGUAAAAUUAAGUUUUGUUGGUCUGAUAUAAACUUUGUUUCAAACCAAAUGACAAUUUUGCAUUCCGUGCAAGCCACAUGACCACUGAUGUCAUCAAGGCUUGGUUUGAGAAUUUUCUGAUCGGCUGCCAUCUUAUUUCAGACCGCGGGUGACACAAUUCUGUAAAAUCUGUGAGUAUUUCUACAAAUAAGUUUGAUUUUAUUGUUAUUACAUAUAAUGUAUAUUUAAAUGAUAUUAAGGUCAGCAUUAACAGAUUAGUGCAUGUGUUUUGUCGAGUAUUUUUAAAGGCUGGAAUAAAGUUUGAGUAAACUGAAUUGAGCAAUCUC